AUGGCGGACACUCAGGUCGAACCCAAGCAACGCAAGUCCGUCGCAUUCAGUGAAGGAGACGUCAUCAUGGAUACCAACGGCGAAGUCACAGAGACCCCUCAGGUCGAGAAGCCCGUUGAGGCUGCUGAGGACAAGUCCGUCGACGAAGUCACCGAGCUCUUCAAGGGCCUGUCGAAGAAGAAGAAGACCAAGAAGCCCAAGGACACGGAAGCCGGCGAAGGCGAUGAGGCCGCCGCCGCGGACGGCGAGUUCGACCCCACGGCUCUGAAGAAGAAGAAGAAGCCCAAGACCAAGAAGGUCGACACCGACGACUUCGAGGCCAAGCUGGCCGAGGCCGGUGUCAGCGCCAACGCCGGCGCUGGCGAGGAGAAGGAGGAUGAAGUCCCCGAGGGCGACCACGAGGCCGGAACCGGUAUCUGGGCUCACGACGCGACGCAAGCCAUCCCCUACUCGCUGCUCGUCUCCCGAUUCUUCUCCCUUAUCCAGAGCCACCACCCCGACCUGCUGUCCAGCGGCACCAAGUCCUACAAGAUCCCCCCGCCCCAGUGUCUGCGUGAAGGUAACCGUCGUACCAUUUUCGCCAACAUCGCCGAUAUCUGCAAGCGCAUGAAGCGAUCCGACGACCACGUCAUGCAGUUCCUGUUCGCCGAAUUGGGUACCAGCGGUAGUGUUGACGGUUCCCGUCGUCUGGUCAUCAAGGGUCGUUUCCAGCAGAAGCAGAUUGAGAAUGUUUUGAGAAGAUAUAUCGUCGAAUACGUCACCUGCAAGACCUGCCGCAGUCCCGACACCGAACUCAACAAGGGUGAGAACCGUCUAUACUUCGUCACCUGUAACUCCUGCGGUUCUCGUCGUUCCGUCGCCGCCAUCAAGACCGGUUUCCGUGGACAGGUCGGCCGCAGAAAGCGUCAGGGUUAA